GUUGCGCUCAGUGCACGGCGAAUCGAAACACGCAGAUUUCAAAAAAAAGUUUGUUUGUCUGAUUGCGCGCGCGAAUUUGUAUUUAUUUUUCUAGUCUUUUUGAUGCUUUCACUUCCUUUUCUCUCUGUUCUCGCGUUCAUGUGCGUAAAGCCCACAACGAAAUCAUAAUUUAAAGACGCAGGCUGCGCAGCCAUAUACUAUAAUCAAAAACCACUCGAAAAUCUUUUCAAAAUGUCGGAGCCAGAAUCGAUCUGUCACAAAUGCAACGAGGCCAUAGAGCAGCGUAUUAUCACAGCGCUCGGAAAGACCUGGCACCCGGAGCAUUUCGCCUGUAAGGACUGCCAACGACCCAUCAAGGAGUCCACCUUUAACAUACAAAAUGGCGAGCCGGUCUGUUCCGACUGUUUUGUAAACUAUUCGGAUACUUGCUUUGGUUGUAAGCAGCCCAUCUUGGAGCGCACGAUCAAAGCCAUGGAGCAGUCGUGGCACGAGAACUGCUUCGUCUGCGGGGGUCCUUGCAAGAAACCACUGGUAGGCACCUCCUUCUACGAGCGCGAUGGCCGGCCCUAUUGUCGCAUCGACUUCGAGCAGCUCUUUGCCGCCCGCUGCGCUGGCUGUGCUCAGCCUAUCACGGAGAAUGCUAUUGUGGCGCUGAAUGCCAAGUGGCAUCGCGACUGCUUCAAAUGCAAGAAAUGUGCGAGUCCUAUAACUGCAAGCACCUUUGCCGUAGAGGAUAACAAGCCACUGUGCACAGCCUGCUCGGGUUAAGCAGACUGAGGUUGCUCGACACAUACACACAAACACAUACAUUCAAUAUACACGCAAUAAGCUAUAUACUUAUUAUACAUAUGAUAUUCUAUAUUAUUAUGGUAUUUGUAGUAUUGCAAUUGUUAACCAAGAUGGUGGAAAAAUCUCGAAAAUCGAAACACAACACAAAAGUCCAGCACAGAGAAGAAAGUAAAUGGCGAAUGGAUGAACCCCGCAUGUCCCCCAAUGCAUAUCUCCAGUCCUCCACGCCGAUCAAAAAUAGCGAUAUUUGUAUUUCGAAAUGCUGCAUUAUAUUUACAAGCACAUACAGACAGACCAGUGGCUGUGCAGUCGUGACGGGCUGUGAAAAUAUUUCGGAUAUUUGCCAACUCUGAAGAGGCAUCCACAGUGGGAACACCUGUCCGCUGGUGCACAAUCCGACCCAUCGCAAUGCAACAUUCGGUGAUAUGCCAUUGUGCCUGUGUAUGUUAAUAUAAUUUUAAAUAUACUAUACAUAUGAAUGUAAAUGUAUUUAAUUUAUAUGCACUUUGUAAGAAUACGUGUGUAUCGCACGCGCACGCCUUAUACAUACAUACCUCUCUCUUUUUAAAAUGCAUGUACUUCUAUGAAUAACUUUAAAGCUGAAUUAUUACAAUAAAAUAUUUCAAAUAUUGAAUAAGAACAAAAGUA